AUAGCAUGAACAUUUUACAUCUCUUGAAGGCACCUUUGAUUCCUUAAGAAAUCUAGAUUCUUCUUUUCUCAUUUAAUUAUGGUCAUUGUAACAAGUAAACACACAUUACAUCUCUUGCUCAAGCCUCUCUAUCAAUUGGUCAUCAAAUUUAAAGAUCGGUGCACCGUUUUGUAAGGCUUGUUCUUAUGGUUAUGUGAUGGUCUAGAUUCUUUCUCCCAUUUAAGUACAAGUUUUCUAUAUUCAAUCAUCAAAAAAUGAGAACACAAUUUUGGAUAUUUCUACUUUUUUUGCUUCUACUAAACUUCUUCUCUCAAGCUGCAAGGCCAGUGAUGACGAUCAGACCAGAGUCACUAGUAGGGCCACAAGGGAACACGACGUUCUUGGAGGGAACAACAUGGUGCGUGGCUAGACCAGGUGCGACACAAGCUGAGCUACAAAGAGCUCUUGAUUGGGCAUGUGGGAUUGGGAGGGUAGAUUGCUCAGUCAUUGAGAGACAUGGUGAUUGUUACGAACCGGACACGAUCGUAUCGCAUGCAUCUUUUGCGUUUAAUGCAUAUUACCAAACCAAUGGGAACAAUCGCAUUGCUUGUUACUUCGGUGGAACAGCUACAUUCACCAAGAUUAACCCUAGCUACGGAAAAUGCUCCUAUGAUGCAUCCAAAUCGGAAGUCUCCACCGCAAGAUCUUUAUCAGAGUACAAAGCUCGGUGGUUGCUGCUGAUGUACAUAGGAGUUUUUUCUCUUAUUAGUCGGCGAGACUAACAUCUUUGCACCAGAAAAUUAGAUAUUUGCAUAUCAAUUGUGGUGGAAUCUUUUUCAUAGAGCAAAAUUUUCAAACUUUUUGGCUAUUGUAGCAGUUAAGCUUUGUUUUUGUUCUUACCUUUGUUCAUGGGUUUAGAAUCUAAAAGCUUUUUGAGCCUUCCUUACGUCUGACAACAACUAUCUCUUUCAUUUUCAUGUUAAAAUAUAUCUUAGUAGUACUUUAUCAAUUUCGGUAUAGCAAUGUGAUCAAAACAUUCUUACA